AGUCUGCUCAAGCUCGCAGACAGCACAGCUGAAGGUGGGCUCGAGAUUCUAGGCUAUAAAAUCGAAAUCGAAAAACGCGAUUAAAAAUUCAAUUUAAAUUGUUUUAGUCAUUGGUGAUUGAAUCUGUAAUGUUCUGAAGGAUUUAUCAACAGUUUGAUUAGUGAGGGUGGUGUAAUGGAGGAUGGCACAAAGGAGGACGAAGAUAUGGGUCCACACGAGUGGCCUCCAGAUUCUUCGGCUGGCAAACACCCUGAUCCCAAGCUGCUAUUUCUCACGGUGGAAUACGUGGGAGAAGAAGCAGGGGGGUUUGGGGGCGGUGAGGAAGCAGGGUUGAUGUGUGACUUGGAGCAGCGCUGUGUGAGUCAGUCGCUGGCCCUGGAGGGAGCGUGCUAUUCGCCCGCUGCUGCCGCCUUCGCGUCGCUCGCUCAGACCCAGCCGCCUUCGCCGCCUCCACCCCCGCCCCCACAACAUCAGGACGAUGCAGUGUUCCUGUCCGACGACAUGGUAGACCAGCAGCCAUCGCAGUCACUGAUCACCAACUCCUCCCCCCACCACCACCAUCACCACUCGUCACCCUCCUCCUCACCCCUGCUGGUGGCCCCCUGCAGUCCCUUCCCCCCUCCGCCACAAGCCACCUCGGUGGUGACGUCAUCGCCAGCCAGCUAUGUGACGUCACAGGCGGCCAACUACUAUCGGCAGUCGCCUCGUGGUGCCUCUGGGGCCGAGUACGUUCUGCCUGGAGACGGCCAGGGUGAUGGGUCGUUGCCUAGCGACCAGCAGAUGAGAGGUCUGCGGGGUGAUAUGAAAGUUGGAGAUGGAGUUGGUCAAAUCGAGCUACUUCUGGAUGAUGAUGGGGUGGCUCUCACGGUCAUUGAUCCUCAGGAUUCUGAUGUCAUUCAGAUUCCUGGAGAUUGUCUGAUGCCAUCAAAUCAAAAACCUUCUGACAUCGGGGUAUCUGGAGACGAAACAAACUUCUAUGACUCCAUUAAACCACAAGGUUUAGUGGUAGAAACGAGCGAAAACGGCGAACUUCGAUUUGUGAGUUUUCUGGAUACAGUUGAAACAGAAAACCAGCUGGAAGCAAUCGAAGAGCAGGCUCAAUCACCAAUGACACUCAUCAUCGACGAAACCAUUUCCAAUGUCUCCUCGCCGGCGCAGGGCGAGUCCAUUGCUGCCAAUAAUGGCCCAUUCUGGUGUGAGGAUUGCCAGAUGUCGGUUGAGGCGGAGUGCAGCCUGCACCGAGUGAACAGCAUCAUCUGCGACAAGCCGGUGCCUUCGCGGGCCAGGGCCACACUCCCCGCCUCCUAUUUGGCCAUCAAUCUCGUCAAACCAAAUGUUUACGGUAUAUUCGCAAGGAAAACGAUUCCGAACAGAACGCAGUUCGGGCCGAUCGAAGGCAUUCUGUUGAAGUGCGAGGACGUGUGGACUGACUCUCCGCUCGAGCUGCUUGUUGAAACUGAAACUGGUGAAAUGCAUCGUCUUGACGUGUCUAAUGAAGAUACGUCAAACUGGAUGCGUUUCGUGCAGCCAGCGUCAUCGGCCAAGGAACAGAACCUGGUGCUGAGUCAGCAAGGCCACUCGCUCUACUUCACGAGCACCCGACCCAUUCACCCGCGCCAGCAGCUGCUGGUCUGGUACAGCGCCGCCUACGCAGCCAAGCGCCACCUGCCGCAGCUGCUUGAGCCGCCUCAGCCGCCACCUGUUCCAGAAAAAACCUACUGGACCUGCUUUGAAUGCAAUCAGAAGUUUAAAUCGUCUGAAGAGUUGCAGAAACAUCUCAACCUACAUGAAAACGAGAGGGUGUUGCAGGAGGUGAGAAACUAUGAGCUGAUGAAGACCAGGUCAUCUUCAAAGCGUAAUGGCCUUCAGCUGGCACUGCGCGAAAAGUCACAAAAUAUCGAUGAUCCCCCUCCCCCAAAGAAACAGGUGAAGUCGUCAUCGCAGCAGACGUCGUUCGAAUGCACCGCCUGCAGUCGCAGCUUCCCGAGAAUGUACAGCUUGAAACGUCAUCUGCUGCUGCACUACGAUAAGAAGUUCAAAUGUCCGCACUGCAGUCUCGAGUUCAGUCACGCAGAUAAUCGCGACAAACAUGUGAGGAAGCAGCACAGUGACAAGUGCGUUGAUUUGAGAAAUAUUUUCAACAGUUCAGUGAACACCGACAAGAAAAUUGAUCAACAAUGGUUGUGCAAACACUGCAACCUGACAUUCGGCAGUGCGUCAGUGCUGAACCUGCACACGCUUGCCCACGCGGCCGACAACCUGGAGGGAGGGGAUAGUGCAGGAGAAGUGGUGGGGGGUGGACUGCCCUCAGACUUCGCCCACAUCUACCACAACGGCGAGUUCAUGGUCGAGAAUGGCUCCAUCCAGUGUCCGCAGUGCACCAAGUUGUUUCAAACAAAGCGAGAAUUGGUCGAUCACGUGUCGACUCACGGUCGACCCAAGCAGGAGGAGGAGGAAGAGGAAGAGGAAAAUGGUUUGGAAAACUUUCCCGACGAAAAUAAGUUUGGCUGCCUGUACUGCACUCGAAGCUUCGACACUGCUGACUGUCUCAAGCAACACAGUCUCACCCAUGUCAGCACCGCAGUGCAGUGCAAUGUCUGCUUUAAACGAUUUCUGAACAAUUCGGCUCUGACAGGACAUCUGAAAUCUCAUGCCAUACUGAAAUCAUUUGAAUGUCCAAUUUGCAAGGAAACAUUCGACCACAUGCUGUCUCUGAAAGCGCAUGUUCAAGGUCAUGCCAAUAAUGGUAUCUUCACUUGCCCUCAUUGCAAAAAGGAAUUUGACGAAUAUAGCCAGAUACGAAAGCACAUUCGAUCUUUUCAUUGCGAUCGCAAGUUCAUUUGCGAAUAUUGUCAAAAACAAUUUCACACGCAAGACAAACUGAGGAUGCAUAAGCUCAAGCACUCUGACCACCGCGAGUUCCUGUGCGCAAACUGUGGCAAGCAGUUCAAGCGUAAGGACAAGCUGCAGGAACACAUGAAGCGAAUGCACACAUCCGAGCGAGACCUCAGCAAACAGCCCAAGUCGCCCCGCCCACCGCUGCCCAAGAAGUUCAUACCCAAAGUUGUUCUGGGUUCGUCGGACUACGAGCGCUUCAUCUUCAAGUGCCACGCGUGCCAGUUGGGCUUCAAGCGGCGAGGCAUGCUGGUGAACCACCUGGCCAACCGCCACCCGGACAUCACGCCCGACUCGGUGCCCGAACUCAAUCUGCCCAUCCUCAAGACCACACGCGACUACUACUGCCAGUACUGCGACAAGAUCUACAAAAGCAGUUCUAAAAGGAAGGCCCAUAUUCUGAAGAAUCAUCCUGGAUCGGCAUUGCCAAUGAGCAAUCGUCAAAAGGGCGGAGUGCCGGAGAUCCCGGGCCAGCCGAACCCGACAUUCUCGCAGACAGUGGGCAGUGUGACGACGACCCCGCACGGCUGUCAGUGGUGCCACAAGCAGUAUGCGUCCAAGGCCAAGCUGCUGCAGCACCAGCGCAAGAAGCAUCUCAAUCUGCUGCCUUCUGAACAACAGCAACCACGACCCGGUAAGUGCAUGUCGACUGAUAUCGAUAAUCAGCCUGCUCCACCUCCUCCACCGCUUCAGCCAGUCAUCGAGCCGAAGCAGGCAGCAGCGCCGACGCCCAUUGGUCCGCAGCUGGAAGGGGGCGUGGCCAGUAAUGCAGCUGGGGGCGGGGCUACAGCUGUUGCCAUGGCAACUGGGCCGGGCGACAACUCAGCCAACGCCAUUGCUCUUGCGCCUCAUUGCCAGCUGACGCUGUCUGGGCUCACUGACACCAUUCUUACUGAAUAUGAAAUAGCAACUGGUGAUACGGACAUUGCUGAGACGGGAAUUGUUAUUGAUGCGGCCACACUGAAACGUGCAAUCAAGAGCGGCGACACCCUGCUAAGCGAGCUGAGUCUGAACCUGGGCGCCUACCUGUCGCAGGAGCAAUGCCUCAAGUUGAUCCAAGUGGUGGCUGACGAAUCGCUCUACUCGCCAUACACGCUGCGCUGACGUCACACGCCACCCUGUCACACGGCGUCACUUGUCUGCCCGUGAGGCUCCAUGGAACGGGUCUCGUUUGAACGGGCGAUUUUGUCUCUUUGUUGCGGCGGCUCUCACGCGGCGCCUCUGUUGUUGGCUUGGUUGCGGCCCCGGAGCGGCCCUGCUUGUCACUCUUGGUAUGUCGGCUGCUUUGGGCAGGUUGUGACGUCAUCUGUCACUCCUGUUUGCUAACGGUAUUACGCGAACGUAUGGAAAGGUUUUUCUCCGUCACUGACAGAUGAUCCAAGUAUCCAUCAUAUUGUUUGUAACAAGGUCUCUGAUGGAUAACUAUUGUGUCCUUUAUACUUGUUUGAUUGUAACACUAGAUGGAUCUCGUCUGUCACUUGUAUGAUUGUAACAUCUGACGGAUGGUUGUCUUGAAUGUAACAUCGGGUCUGUUUGUUGUUGUAUACUAUUACUACACACACUCACACAUACACACACACUGUAUUCUUCUAAUAUUGCAUAGCUGUUUGUGCUUAUUGUUUUGUAGAUCGAAGACGGUGUUGCAAUAAUCACGCCAAAGUCAUUACAUUUACUACCCUAUAAGCUAUUACUACUAUACCUUAACAAAGCUGUUGUUAUAGUUUUAGAUGGUUGUUUUGGGUACUAGUACCUCUGCAAAGCUCUGUGUAUAGUGUUUUAGAUUGCUAUUUCGAGUAUGCUACCUUUAUAAGACUCUUUGUAUAGUUUAGAUCAUUGUUGUCUGGAGUAUCAAUAACUCUACAAAGCUAUUUCCGUAGUUUCAGUUUAUUUUUUGGCACUAGACUCCUUAUUCAGCUUCUUUAAAAGUUUUAGAUCAUUGUUUUGUUUAUUGCUAACAUAACCACGCUAUUAUUUAGUUUCAAAUCAUUGUUUUGGUUAUACUUUUUGUGUACUACCUCGGCACAGCUAUGCUUAUUUUUUGUGGAUCUUUAUGUUAGAUACUACGAGCUGAACAGAGCUUUUUGUAAUUGUUCAUUGUCAUAGUAUCAUUAUCUCUACUAAGCACUUUGACAGUUUUAGAUAAUGUUUUUAGUGCUUCUGUCUUAGCUAAGUUCCUUUCAUAGUUUCCGAGGCUCAUUCAUUCAUUCAUAUCAGUGGUUUCAGUAAUUUUGUGAGGUAAUAGUUCUUUUAUAGUUUUAGAUUAUUAUUUCCAUUAGUACUACUUUUAGAAAGCUUUUUCAAGCUUGAUUCAAAAUUUGAAUUAUUCUUAGGCACCUGUACCUUUUUAAAUCCGGUUAUUGUUCUACUCCCAAAAAGCUUCUCAUAGUUUUGUAUAAUUUUGCUUUUGUGUGGUACUAAAUAUUACUGCACUACUUGAAGAAAGUUGUGGUUGAUUGAAAAUCUAGCUAAUAAUUGUUUCGGGUUGUCUAUUUGCUACUAAAAUGUGGUUUUAGAAUAGCUAACUAUUAUUAUAUAACUCUAGUACUCUUAAUUAGAAGUAAUUGAUGUUUGGUUUUCCCCUCUCAGCCCAAAACUCAUUGUCAUCAUAGAAUUUUAUCGAAUGGGCUGUUUUAGCUUGUAUCUAUGGUAGAGCGUAGAUCGGUGCUCUAUCAAAUGUUGUGUUUCUAAGGUUUAGUUAGUAUAGUUCGUUUCAAAUUGUUAUACUAGAUGAACUUUUGUCUCGCUUGCGAAAUACCAAGAGAUCUAAAUUUCAUCAAAAUCUUGAGAAUGUGUCGAACAACCAGUAGAAAUUUGAAUUGAUAUCUUCAACAACUAUAUAGAUAUGUUUUCAUAAUUGGAUCUAUAGUAGAUCUGUUGGUGGUAGUUGACAAUAUUAACUAUUAAAUAAUGUUGUAUUUGUAUUGUAAAAUUUUCCGCUAAUUUGCCUAUUGAUAGAUUUUUCUGUUCAGCAUUGUCUAGAUUUUCUUAAUGUAACUGAUGGUUAGAAAUGUGUAUUAGCGGUUGUUAUAUGCUUCACAAUUUAACGUUCAAUACAAGAUGCAAGAUGCAACAACUAUAUAGUUGUGUGAUUGUCUCUGUAGUUGAUUUAAUUCAAUUUAACACUAAUUGUCAUAACUUGUGUUGGUAACACAGUCGAUACACAUUUAUCCUAUUAUAUAUUCCAGCCACUGUAAUGAUAGAUUGUUAGCUUAGUGUAAUAAUUAGAUUGGUUCUUGAAGUUGUCUAAAAUUAAAAAUAUUGUAUCUACAGUACUAUUAUAUCUUGAAAUAUUGGUUUACUUGGCUGUAUAAUUGAAUAUUUUUUUUUAAUAUCCUAGAUUUAAGACGAUUGAAGUAUUUUUAAAUAUUCUAGUUGUUAGGGAAAGACAAUAUAUUUGAUGAUCUUGAUAGACAGUAAUAAAAGUAAUAUAUUACUGUUAAGGCUUACUAUUAAUAAAAUUCAUUCAUUCAUUGAUGUCAAAUCAUUAAAAUAAUUGAUGUGUAUGCAAUCAUUAAGGUUAAUGAAUUAUUUCAAUUGGGCUUCAUACGAACGAUGAAUUAUAAUGGUUUGCGAUUAAUGAUUGAGUGAAUGGAUUUUAUAAAUGAAUUGUAUUUUUCUAAUGUGUAUUUUCGUUGACUAAACUGCAUGAAUAGAGUUUACAGGUAUAUUUUUAGCCCUUCUGAAUUUUUAUUAGUUUAUCACUACGCCAAAGAACAUUUAGCCCCUACAUAACAUACAGUAAACAUUUUGCUAUUCGCCAUUGUAAAUAACUGAAAUAGUUUUCUAGUAUUAGUAGUUUUCUGUAAUCACAACACGUAGAGACCUUGAAAAAUUGAUGAUUAAGUGUAAAUUUUCAAUAAAUAUUUUGUUGUAAAUAUAAUACUAUUGAUAUAAAAUAGCGAAUUUAUGUGUCUUGUAUUAUUAAUAUUGGAUAAUAUUAGUGAUAAGGUCAUAUGAAAUUGAUGUUCACAAUUAUUGUUAUGAACGUUUUGAGCUCUCUAAUAAUUAUUAUUAUCAUAAUCAUCGAUUGUACUGUUAGGACUGUUGCAUGAAUCACAAUACCUUUAAUCAAAAUUACAAUAGAUGAUACUGAGUGGUCCAUUGAUAAGAAUUAGUGAGCUUAGAUUGUCUUUCAUUAUUUGUAAGUGUAAAUUUAAAACUUGUAUUGGUGCUAAAAGUGAAGAUUCUAAUUGAACAAGAAUUGAAGCAGGAUUAGAACCGGGUGUGUGAUCUAACUGAUUUGUGACCAAGUAUUUAAAAAAGAAAUCCGUGUUGAGAUUGUUUUAGCCGCUAUGUUUUUCUUAGGCCCUCAAUCAAAAUACAGUAUAUCAAUCCUCCCCCUCAAAUCAAACAAGUUUUUAAAAAUACAUAGUCGCUGUUGUCUUCCUAUUAAUGAUAAUUAGUGGGUAAUUGUGGUUUUGAACCAUGGGAAAUUUAGUCAGUUUGUUUUCUAAUUGGCUACAAAUAUGAUUAAUUUAAUACAAGCUUUUCAAUUUAUACUUUUUCACUUUCUUAGAGAAACAUUAGAAAUUGUCCAGUGUGACUUCUUGUUAAAUUUUCUUUUCAAUUCGAUAGAUGAUUCAACUGAAUUACUAGUUUAAAUAACGUAAAUAAUAAUUCGUUUAUUCGGUAUUUUGCAUUUUUGAAUUUGUCCAUGAACAGGUCUGUUGUCGAGAAGUUGACAAUCAGCUAUUCAAACAUUUUUAACAGCAAAAUAAUUAGAUCACGACGAAUUUAAGACUUGUAACGAAUAGCACCAACACGUUCACCGAAUUAACUGUAUUCAAAUUGUGUAAUGAUAAGUGUAAGUACCGCCGACACCAUUUAUUGUGUAACACCAUGUAUUUUCAUCACAUUUGCUCGUUAUUUUAGUCUAGUUUCCAAUCAUAGUACAUAAAUAAUAUAAGCUCUGUACUAAGGAUUUGUGAAUCGGAACAAUUGAUUUUUGUGGAUGAAUACGAUCACAAUUAUUUUGUGCAACUCACUUGAAUUGUCAGCUAAGUGAGUCGAAUCGAUAGUUACAGAAAUCAGGAUUCGGUUUAAUUUUCUUCGAAGAGAUUUGAAGCGAAAAUGUCUUAUAAAUUAAGACAUUUAAUUAAUGUCUUAUAAAUUAACCGUUUUUGGGCUUAAGCCUGUGGUACUUUUCUGAAGUUGAAGUUAAAUUAUUAAUUGAUUGAACAUAAAAUAUUUUAUUCGAUUUCGAGCUCUUGUUUUAAUCGAGAUCAUUUAAGAGUAGGAUUUCAUAUUUGUUUAUGAACUCACUCAACUUGUUGUGGUUCUCAAGUUUUUAUUUGCUUGAAUCAUAUUCAGUUGUAACAUAUAUAUUCUCAAACUGAAUUGUCUUUUUGAUGGAAAUGUGGAUUCAAAACAAAAUUCAUUUUCAAACAUGAGUUGCAUUUUUACAAGAAAAGAGUUCGUCUCAACCUUUCAUAUCUUGGUAAUAAUAACAUUAAUUGAAUGCCGGAAUCCUGUGUAACGGUAACCACCGAUUUUUUCUACCUUUAAUGAAAAAGCUUUGAUAGUUUUUUAACUCACCAAUCACUUCCAUUCUCAAGAGCUCCAUUCAUUCUCCUCACAAUCUCUAGUUAUUUUUGCUCUAAAUAUAAUUUUCUUGUCACAUCUCAUUCUCCUUUCCAUCUUUGGAAUUUUUACUAAAUCAUAGUAAUACUAUUAAAAUAUCACUAUUCAAAUUUGCCAUUUAGAAUUAAAAUUCACUAUUAUUGCAUUGACUCCGCAGAUUAUUUAUUGUCGAGCAUUUAUUGAAACAAUGAAGUAUCAAUCACCAGUUGUUGUCUGAUAGCAAUUUAUGCAUUUAAGAAUUUAACUUUCUAAAACUUGGAAUCGCAUGAAUCUGUAAUGUAUCAGUCAUUUAUUGCUUUAAUAAUUGUGCAUUAAUUCUUAUUUCUUUGAGAUAAUGUCAUGCUCUCAAUAAUCGAUAACAUUCGCUUGGAACCAAUCUAGAAUUGUUGUUCCAUUCAUCUCUUAUAAUCAUCCCUUCCAUUAUCCACCCACGUUCAAAUCAAGGGCUCUUGUGGGUAUAACAAAUACAAUUUGUAUUUGUCUUUACUAUCUUCAAAGACUUGAAAACAAUGUAUUUAUAACAAUAGAAUCAGUUUUUAAAUCAUUCUGAUCAACUGGAUUUGAUUGAAAUGAAUGGGAGACUCACUUUGCUUUAAUUUAAGAAUUAUUAAAACUUUUCACCAUUUUAAAAAUUACUGAAUCACUCCAAGUAGCUAGCACUGAUUCAAUAUUUUGUAGACGAUUGUUAUAUCUCAAAAUAUUUCUAAAACUAUUUGAAUACCCAUGUAUGUAAUUUAAAUAUUCGUGUGAUGAUAACAUAUUAGAAUGAUAAGAUGAAUUUAUUUUGUUGACUCACACCAAGGUUUAGCAUUAUAAUCCAUAUUUUUCUGACUAGGAUUGUCUUCUAUCCUAGUCAAAUCUAGUCUUAUGUGUCUAGGUUAUUUUCAAUUAGAAUAUUAUUAGAUAGUAAAUUUAUUUGUUAGUUACAUUUGUACUUGGAACUGUAACGCUCGCUCAUUGCACAACACACUCUAAUAUGCAUGUUCAAAGUACCUAUUCGCAAAUUCAAAACUAGACUUCCUUGUUAAAAUUGUGUUUCAAGAAUAAAUACUCUUAUCAAUAUUUUUUUUUCAUUCUUACGACCUCACUAUCGUACUCUUUCAUUGCAGGAAAAUAUUCAUUGACAUUUUAUUCUUACGUAUAUUUCUAUUUUAAAUUAAAUAUGAAUAUUACGUUUUAGCGUUAUACUUGCAUUAAGUUGUUAUACUUACAUCGCUUUAUAAAAAUUUAAACUAAGUUUUUGUGGUUUAUCUAAUAUAUUGUAAUGUGCAAGGAGCGUUAUUAUAGUUUUUCGAAGCAUGUUCCUGAAUUUAUUCAAUUAGAUUAUUGUUAUCGUGAAUGGCAUCUGGGUGUUGUACUUUAAUAUUUGAAUAUUGGAUAGUGUAGUUUCCAUUAAUAACAGCUUUACAAAUUGUAGAAUCAGAACAAUGUUGAAGUUUUUUUAUCGAAAUAGGUAAACACCUAUUCAUACUUAUUUUAUACUCAAGAAUUUAUUGUCAUUUCUUAUUGUUCUAAGCAGUUGUUUUUAUAAUCUUCUAGUUUCGUUAAUUUUCUAUUUAAUUAAAAAUGUUCAUUGUUUUCUGCCUAGGUAUCUCUCAAUUUUAUAUGGUUGAUAUUAUUUUGUUUUGAUAAAUCUAUAAACAAAUAAUAAUUUAAUUCAUUUUAAAUCUUCAAUUGUUAUUCCAACUGUUAAUUUCUAUCUUAUGAAUUACAUCAGUUACUCUUUCUUAUCCAUGUAUAAAUCUAAAAUCUUGAAGAACUUUCAGGAAUUUUAAAUGAGUAACCAAUUAAUUUUGAAAUAUUAUUUCAGAAGUUUAUUUUAGUUUUGAAAAGACAUGCUUUCUAUCCACGUUUAUUCUUAACGUUCCUGAUUACAGUAUUUGGAAUACAAUCUUCAUUUACAGCGUUUUUUAUAUUCGCAGUAUAUUUUUUGUAAUCUGUUAAAUAUUUUAAUUAUUUUGUUAAUCUGUCACUCAUCGUACCCGCUCAAUUUUCAGUCAGUCACAUAGCACAAAUUCCACCAAAUUUAGAGAUAAGAUAACAAAAUAUUUAUGGUGUUGUAAUGAUAUAAAUAUUGUACUAAAAUUGUAUGUGCACAACAUUGAUUGUAAUGGUUGGUGAAAUCAAGUUAUAUUCAAUUGAAUAAUUUUCCUGUAAUAUUUAUUUGAAGUAUUUUUUAGUUUUCAAUCCCGAAAGAAAAUUACUGACAGAAAAACGGAUGUGGCAGUCUACCCUAUAAUGAUUGUAAAUGAGUUUUCAAAUGUUAUGUAUUUAUUUAACAAUAUUUUGCCUUGGAAAGCAUCAUUAAACAUAAGUGUUAUACAUUUCAACAUUUAGCUUCAGCAGGUUAUUGAAAAAAAAUGUUUUAAAUCUACACUGAUAAAUAGUUGUCAUUCCAAAAUAUUCUAUUCUUGCUGAGGAGUGAGGAGAGUUCUAUCUCUGAGGGAUUGUUAAGAAAAUAAUUGUUCACAAAAUAAAGUAUCGAGUGACCUGGCUGGCUCACGUCUGGUGUCAGAAGUCAGAGUUUUCAGAUCGCAACUGAUAAAUUUCAGGGCCUCCGACAUCACCUAACUUAUGACAUAAUUGAACCAAACUCACAGUAUGGAAAAUUUUCGUAUUUCUUAAAUAUAUCCCAGAAUUGAAGAUAUAUUUUUCAAUAAAAUUUCCAUGGGCUUGCUAACACAUGAACUUAUAGCAAGCAAUUUACUUUUACAAUAAAUUUAACAGAUCUUUUUCACAAAAGUAGUCUAUGAAAAACAGCCUUACAUCCUGUUGUUUUCGCUGCUGUUCAAUAAAUGUAGGAUUGACUGCCACAUCCAUGCUGUGAGCAAAUAGAUCAUUUGUUUAAAAUUAAUAAUUGCUUUUGUUGCCCCAAUUUUCAUUUAUUGCUGUUCUAUUCUUUCAAUUAAUAAUAAAGAAUAUGAAUAUUCUUUUAAUAAUGACAAAUCAAAGAUCUAUUUUUUUCAAUCGAAUUUGGUUGUAAAUGUCGAGGAAAAUGGGGAAUAAUUUAUUCUUCUCCAAUUGGCUUUUAUGUUCGUUAGUUGUUGAUUCCGACCCCAAUUGAGUUUCUUUUCAACUUCGAAUAAGUUACUUAGGCUACUAAUAAUUUUCAAGCGAUAUCAUUGUCAUGCAUUACUAAAUGUAGGUAGUAUAUUAUGUAUCAAUGGAAAACAUCUUGUAUGUGAUGCUUUCCAGAAUUUCUUCAAUGUUACUAAUGAUAGUUCUAAAAAAAAUUUUGUUAUUCAAUAAUGUAACUAUUUCGAAUAUAUCUGGAUGUAUUGGUGGUUUUAUCAGCUCUGUUUGUUCAAUAUAUUUGAUGUUGUUUUCUGCAACUAUUAAUAGAAUUGAUGUCGUUAAUAAUAAUAAUUUGAUGUUACCGUAUAUUUUACUACUAUUGUAUAAUAUUUUAACUUGUUGGUGUACUUGGAAAUUUAAUAAUAUAUUUGGCUUUUCAUACAUUGGCAUGAGAUAUCUCUUGUUGUUAUGAUAUUAAAUUAUUGUAAUCUCUAGUCAUCAUGUAUGAUAAUACAAUAUAUUUCAGUUGUAUUUGGAAUGAAGUUUCGGCAAAUAAUAUAUUUUCAAUGUUGAA